UACAGAGCAUGCGCGGGACGGCUCUGUGGCUUGAUCCCUCCAGCUUGCCGUCCGUCGUUUAGUGCAUGGUCGGGAGGGUCAGUUGCGAGGAAGAGGAGCUAGGGAGCUGUCCAGAGGUGCCGUUAUGGAAGAAGGCAGCCGCGAGCCGGAUGCUUUCGACGCCAUCGUCAUGGCAGAGGCAAGAUUUCAUGGUGAAGGCUACCAGGAAGGCUAUGCUGAAGGAAUUCAUGCUGGUGUCGUUGAAGGAAGGCAAUAUGGAGUGCAGCAAGGUGCUAACAUUGGAUUAGAAAUUGGGUCAUAUCUUGGUUUUGCAAUGACAUGGAAGAAAUUGCUUCAUGCCGGUUCUGAUGAAAAACACAGUAAAAAGGCAAAAGUUCUAGAGUCCUUAAUAGAGAUGAUUGAGAAAUUUCCCCAUGAAGAUCCAGUCUAUGAGAGACUUCAAGAUGACCUAGAGAAAAUUAGAGGACGAUUCAAGCAGGCCUGUUCAUUGCUGCAUAUUCCAACUGAUGCUCGACUUGGUUCUGGAGGGUCUGCUCUCACAUUCUGAAAACCACAUGGACAGAGAUGAAAAGCAUUUUUGUUUAAACGAACAGUGAAAUCUUGUACAGACAAUUAAGCGCAAAAAAGAUUUUUUUACAUAUAUAUAUAUAUAUAGAGAGAGAGAGAGAGAGAGAGAAAGAGAGAGAAGAAAGCUAAUAUUUCUGUAGGAAUAAAGGCUAUGCGUAUUGUAUGUUGCUGGACUGCAGUCUCCAUUCGGUUUGGAUAUUCCAAUUUAAGAAGGCAGUGACUCCACGAUGAGGCUAUCUGUUGAAGAAUUAUUUAGAAAUUAAUGUUGGACAUUGUCCUAAAACAUAAUGAUUACAAAACAGCAGUGCUACUUAUGUUAAGUAAAUAGCUUUAAAGGGAUUUAAGACAUUUACAAACGCGUUUUCUUCUCUGAAGAUUUUAUUCAUGAACUUGACAUUCUUCUGGAAAUAUGUCUAAAAUGUAUUUCACUAUAUUAGUGCAAGGAACCCAGUCAACUCAUCUGUGUAACAGAUGUUAUGUGUUUUCACAAAUGUAGUGUCAUCCGGGAUGAUGCAGCAUUAUAGUGAUAAAUGAUUUCUUUAUGAGCUAUAUUGAAAUACAAAUAUCUGAGUCCAAAUACGCUUAAACUGAGGUCAGAAAUUUUCUUUGUUACAGCCAUCGCCAUGUGGAUGUGCCCAAUAAAGUAGGGGAAUUACUUCACUGAAUUACAUUUCUGGAAAUAUGAUUUAGUUGAUAUGAAGCAAGUGGCAAUAUCUACAGCAAUUUCAUAGGUGCCAGAGAUAACCCCAGUUCUUCAAUGUACUUUAAAGUAUCUCUGGGGAGGAAAUUGAAUUGAGCUUGGAGGCUUAGCUGCGUCAGUGCUACUCCAAAGUAGUGGUCCAUGGAUUGGUGCAAGAUUUAUGAGAUUUUGGCUGCCAGUACCUGGUGGGUUUCUGGGAAAGAAGCAGCUGUAGCCAAAGGCCACAAGUAUGGUAGCAGUCCAAGGCAUGUUAACAAAAACAUUUGCUUCUUCUUGGGAAGCACUGAUAUGCAGGCACUUCAUGGCAAGUCAUUCUCUUUCCCUGUCCUUUGGCAUCACAAUUUAUGAAGAGGUCACAGCAAAUUCUUACUGCCUUCUUGUACAAGUAAGACCUGUGUCUGCCUGCUCUUUCCUGUCCAUAAGAUGAAAUAACAUUAAAGCCACAUGCAUUAGUGCAAGGAGAAGGCUUGAAGGAUUGAUUUUGAAACUCAGUGAUUUAUCUGGUGUAUUGCUGACUGUUGAGUGUAUUCCGUGCCCAUAAUUUUCUUGCAUAUUUUGUCUGGACUCCCCUUACUGACUUCUAUAAUAAAAGGAAUAAAAUAUG